CCGCUUGAGGUAGUCACUCCGAUGACAGCAGCACUGAACGGCGAACUAAUGUGUACCGCGGUCGCUCCAGGUUGUUCUUCGUAACCCGGGGUAUUGCUUAUCGACAAUAAUUAACAUGGUUGCUCACGGCCGGUAGUGUGUUGUGCUUCGAGAUUCAGCAACGAAAUAAUAAAUCAGACUAAAUUUUAUCAAGUCCUUGCGCGACGUACACCAAGUAUGGCACAUCAAUUGCUCUCGUCGGCCAGUAAACUGGAAAGACUCAUCCUAAAGUCCACUCAGAAAGGUUAUUUCGACACAUUGCAGCUGAGACGACACUUAUCACAGCUUAAAAGUGGCACAACACUAUCUCUGAUAGAACAGUUGCAGCAGAAAUGGAGAUUAUUUUGUAAAGAGCCACCUAAAGGGUUCGAAAAAUUUUUCAAACCAGGUGGUGCUAAAAAUGCUGAAAAUGUUGCAAAAAAGGCAGAAGAAGCGACGAGUAAAAAAACUACCACACAGAAGCCUUCUUCAUCUACCUCCAGCUCGUCAAGUUCCAAGGAUUCAGGAUUUCAAUGGUCAUUCAAAGUUUUUGGAGAUGGUUCGCAACGCGGAGGUAAAUCGUUUGAAGGUGGUGACAAGGAGAAGACGUUUAUGAUUUUUGGUGCGCUUGGAGUAACUGGUAUACUUGCAUAUAUACUUUCUCAGGAUUUAAAUCAGAAAGAAAUCACAUGGAGGGAAUUUACGUAUAAUUAUUUAAGUAAAGGUAUUGUCGAAAAAUUAGAAGUAGUAAAUAAAAAAUGGGUACGCGUAAAGCUCCUACCAGGACAUACUGUAGAUGGUUCUGAUAUUCUGUGGUUUAAUAUUGGAAGUACUGACACUUUUGAAAGAAACUUAGAAAAUGCACAAAUAGAAUUGAAUAUGGGACCUGAGAAUUAUAUUCCUGUGGUUUACAAAAAUGAAGUGGAGACUGUAAACAUAAUGUCUUAUCUGCCGCAGAUUCUCAUGUGGGGAUUCCUCUUUUAUUUAAUCCGAAGAUCUGCGGAAGCAAUGACCGGUAAAGGAGGUAAAAGAGGUGGAUUGUUUGGUACAGUAAUGGAAUCGACUGCGAAACUAAUCAAUUCCAAAGAUAUUGGUGUGCGAUUUAAAGAUGUGGCUGGGUGUGAAGAAGCCAAGAUCGAAAUUAUGGAGUUUGUAAAUUUCCUGAAGAAUCCGCAGCAGUACAUAGACCUUGGGGCUAAAAUUCCAAAGGGAGCCAUGUUAACAGGGCCACCUGGUACAGGUAAAACUUUGUUAGCCAAAGCGACAGCUGGUGAAGCGAACGUGCCCUUCAUAACGGUAUCGGGUUCGGAAUUCUUGGAAAUGUUUGUGGGUGUCGGUCCUUCUAGGGUGCGUGACAUGUUUUCCAUGGCACGAAAGCAUGCGCCGUGUAUAUUAUUUAUCGAUGAGAUCGAUGCGGUUGGACGGAAGAGAGGUGGUCGCAACUUCGCGGGACAUUCGGAGCAGGAAAACACAUUAAAUCAACUCUUAGUAGAAAUGGAUGGAUUCAACACGACAACUAAUGUGGUCGUAUUAGCGGCGACUAACAGAAUAGACAUUUUAGACAAAGCGUUAUUGAGACCCGGGAGGUUUGAUAGACAAAUAUUUGUACCUGCGCCGGAUAUCAAAGGACGAGCGUCUAUUUUCAAAGUGCACUUAGCCCCUUUGAAAACGACGUUAGAUAAGGAUCAAUUAGCGAGAAAGAUGGCUUCCUUGACUCCUGGAUUCACAGGAGCUGAUAUUGCAAACGUUUGCAAUGAAGCGGCUUUGAUAGCAGCAAGAGACUUGAAUGACAACAUUCACCUGAAAAACUUCGAGCAAGCUAUCGAGAGGGUAGUGGCUGGCAUGGAGAAGAAGACCAAUGUAUUGCAACCUGAGGAGAAGAAGACGGUCGCGUAUCAUGAAGCCGGUCACGCGGUAGCCGGUUGGUUCUUAGAGUACGCAGAUCCACUUCUGAAGGUGUCCAUUAUUCCGCGCGGUAAAGGAUUAGGAUACGCCCAGUAUUUACCUCGAGAACAGUAUCUUUACACGAAAGAACAGCUGUUCGAUCGAAUGUGCAUGACGCUCGGCGGACGAGUGUCGGAAGAGAUCUUUUUCGGUCGCAUAACUACAGGCGCUCAGGACGAUUUGCAGAAGAUUACAGACAUUGCGUAUGCACAAAUCAUACAAUACGGUAUGAAUGAGAAGGUCGGAAACGUUAGUUUCCAAAUGCCAAAGCCGGGAGAGAUGGCUUUUGACAAGCCGUAUUCUGAAUACACCGCGCAGCUCAUCGACAGUGAGGUGCGAGAUCUAAUCGAUAGAGCACAUAAGCGGACACAAGCUCUUCUGAGUGAGCAUAAAGAAGAUGUAACCAAGGUUGCUGAGCGAUUGUUGAAGCAGGAGAUUUUAAGUAGAGACGAUAUGAUCGAAUUACUCGGAGCCCGACCUUUCCGCGAAAAGUCCACUUACGAAGAGUUCGUUGAAGGCACCGGUUCGUUCGAGGAGGAUACUAGCUUACCGGAAGGUUUGAAGGAAUGGAACAAGACGAAAGAGGAUUCUUCCAAGGACGGCGACAAGGACAGCAAAUCGGAGUCGCAAGCACAGCCUUCCAAAGCAGCCUCUAAUAACAAACAACCGCAGCAACGACUGUAAUUGUAACAUUUUAGUCUCUCAAGUGCUUUGUAUAAUAGUUCGAAAUACACAAUUAUGAUAAGUUUAUGGAUGUUCAACAAUAUUUAGCUGCAUCGGUUAUCGCUGUGUGUGGAUGAAAUUGUCAGUUUAACGUGACACUUUUGUGAUGCUUUAUUUAAUUGAAUUUAAAUUGCACUUGACGAACUCUCCUUCAUUGCGUUAGUUCCGUUUUCAUAAUCAUCAGCUGCACAGUGAACAGUAUUGUACAAAAUCAUAUCGAACUCAAAACUUGAAGAUCUCUUUUGCGUUAUGUAAUAAAACUGUGGAUACUCUGUCAA